AUCAAUUGAAAGUGAGUUGAUAAGAAAUUAAAGCUUUGUUAUUAUACGGAAACUACAGCACUUCCAAAAUAUGCCGAGACAGAGAAUAAGCUGCUUUUUACUGGGCACUUCCAUUACGUUCAUGGGGAUUUCUGAUCAAAAUCUACAUCCAAAAUCCAGUCCGAUCACGUUUUAGAAUGACUGCUAUAUUGAAAUUGAAGCAACUGACGCUAUUUUCUUCCGUUAUCCUGGUUUGCCAACUUUAUGAUGUCGUGCACGCAGACUUGGCAGAGGAACAACGAAAUCACACUGCAGAAAAGACAGAUUCAAGUUCUGUUUCAAAUCCUCAAAAGUCGGAUGAGAGAAAAAGUCCAACGAAGCAACACCCCCAGGGUCUUGUCUCAUCAAGUUCAAUCUUUUCCGAAAUCCGACAUAGUCCAGCCUUCGUGGAUAAAACAUUUUUCCUCCACGAAUGGCUCAUGCAUCGACCGAAAUACUGGUACGUGACAGCACCCCCUGGUUUUGGCAAGUCCACCCUUGCGACAAUGGCCGUCCAAUUUUUGAAUGCGUCCUAUGAAAUUGUCAACGGAACGACAAGGUACAACGACAAGCACAAGACUCCGGCAUACGAACUCUUCCGAGACACAAAUAUCUUCGAAAUGAGAGAGUUCUGCGACGAGCACUUCCAAAACCACGCUGUCAUAUUCUUGGACCUCGCUCCAUUAAGUACCACUACUCAGGCUACUUUCAAGAAAGCAGAGAACUUCAACUCACAGGACUUCCACAAGAACUUUAAAAUAGUGAUCAAGAAAAUGAUGAACUAUUAUCCAUCUCUCCUCCAUCAUAAGGAAAUGACGGACUCUGAAAGGAAAAGCUUUGAGAGGUACCUGGAAGAAGGAAUAGACGCUCCAGUUGGCCCAGGUAAAUUCUGGCAGAGUGCAUUCUUUCUGAUGCAGCUCCUGAGGAAAUGCGUGAAAAAAAAUGUGGUUGUUAUAGUCGACUCUUACGAUGCCUUAUGCAUACCCUCCAUGUUCGGUGAAACAUCUUUGGUGCACAGACCAUACUUAGCUUCGUACAUCAUUAAUUUCAGUAGGUUUUUAUUAAAAGACGAAAUCUCAACCGUUCUGUACUUAGGGUCGUUCAACACGGUGGAACUAAUGCUGAGAAAACCAUCCGAACUAUUGAGACUAACACCAACAUCACACACGAUUGUGCAUACAAAAUUCUUCAGCACAGAACGCGUUGCUAAAUACUUCGGGCUAUCGGCACAAGAAGUUAUGCAGGUACUGGAAAAUUUCUCUAUGCAAGACCACUUUACUUCAGUAGACAACCUGCUGAAUGGACACGCUGUUUUAGAGUCACCCCUUACUUUGUUCAACACUAGAUCUGUGCUUUUGUACGUUGCAAAUCGAAAUACUACACCCAGCGCUGUUACAUUGCCACUGACCUCCGAAAUCAUCCACAAGUAUAGAAAAGUUUUCGCUUUGCAGUUUGUUGGUAAUGUUGUAAAUGAGAUUAUUUUUAAAGGUUCUUCUGAGGUAACACUUAAACCUCCGAAGCAAUUGAGUUUUACUAGUUUUACGAGACUGAAAAUUUUAGCGAUCGACUCUACAACGACUGACAACAAACAGAUCAUUACGUUAGAAAACUCAUUGUCCUUCAUCAAAAUUCUGCAGUUUCUAGGUGUGCUGUCAGUCAUCCAUGAAAGCCGCGUAUCUGAUCGACAUGCCAUCAAUUUACGGGCCUCCAGUUACAUUGACACUGAGCUUAUGAAUGAACACUUUUACCAUGGUGGAUACACACAAAAAUUCUUCAACAUAAGCGCUGAGAAUGAUUUGGCGAUGAUGAGUUCUAUAGAAAAACUCGCACCAACAAACGAGUCGAUCCAGUUUUUAGCUGAAGCCAUUCGUAAUAUCGUUAGAGAAAAAGUUCCUGAGACUGAAUCCCAGCUAAAAGCUUUAAUUUACGUGUUUUCAAGAAAGACCGCAACUCAACACGGUGUCAACUUCACGCUAGAAUCAAGAGUUGCGAUCCCUACCGCGGAAAAUCCAAAAUCAAACGAAAGUGGUAAACUGAGACCGAAGAGUAGGGUGGACAUAAUUUUGCUCAUGAAAAAUGAGGGAAUAGGCAUUAUUAUGACAUCCAAGUUUAAUACAAAUGCAACCUCUGUUUUAAAAGAAAUGAGCGACAAAAGAUAUUUUGACAUAUUUGAUACGGAUGGCCAUUUUUCAAAUCUUACGAUAAAGGAUAAGAUGCUUAUUGGAAUUUCUGUGUCACGGGAUAAAUCGGUGGAACUUGCAGCAGAAGUUUGGUGCCAGGACGAAAAAACCAGUUUAAAACACGUCUUAUUGAAUAACGCAAGUCUCCUGUGAUGCACACCUUAAAUAUGAAUCUCUUUCGAUAAGUAUUUUCAAAAGACACAUUUCCUUCCAUUGAUAUUUUUGGUAUUACUUAUUUCCAUGCCUUCAACCAUUUAAUCUCGCACAGAUAAAGGUCUUAGUAAAAUGACAGUGAAAAAAAAUAUACAAACAUUUUAGUUCCACUACUUUUCAAUAAAGUUUAUAAAAAUUGU